AUGGAGGCCGAAGACAACAUCCAAAAAAUGUACAAAUACUUUGGUAUACUGGCCGACGCCAAGGAAAACAUUGCCGAGAAAGAACCUGAGUAUUUGGAAAUAUUAUCAGCAGUCAAAGGAUCAACAAAAGAAAAAAGACUUGCAUCUCAAUUUAUAACCAGAUUUUUUAAAUAUUUUCCAAACCUUGCUGCUCAAGCAUUAGAGGCUCAGCUUGAUCUUUGUGAAGAUGAAGAUAUUUGUAUACGAAAACAAGCAAUUAAAGAUUUACCGGUAUUAUGUAAAGAGGCUAAAGAAUACCUGACUAAAAUAGCAGAUAUAUUGGCUCAGUUACUACAGGCUGAUGACCCACAAGAAUUACUCGUAGCCCAGAAUUCAUUAUUAUCACUCUUUAAAAUAGAUGCUAAAGGUGCCUUAACUGGAAUAUUUAGUCAAAUGCAAUCAAACGAAGAAAUCGUAAGGGAGCGUUCUAUGAAGUUUAUAUUGAAUAAAGUAAUGGCAUUGGGUAAAGAAAUAAUUAAAAGAGAUGUAGAAGAUUUAAUAAUAGCAGAAUGCAAAAAAGUUAUGCAAAAUAUAACUUGUGAAGAAUUUGAAACACUCAUGACUAUCUUAUCAUCGACUCAUCUAAUAAACACACCAGAUGGACAAAAAGAACUCGUUGAACUUUUGGCAAGUACUGCUGAACUUGACCAGUUUUUUAAUCCUAAAGAUUUAGAUCAAGUCAAUCGGUUCAUAACUUGUCUGGAUUUUUCUAUUCCAUUUUUUUCGGCUCAUGUAGAAUCCACUAAGUUUAUUGUGUAUAUAUGUGAAUUACUGAAUCGCUAUACCCUUAUAAAAGAUAAUGAUAAACAGUUUAUCAUUUUAAAAUCAUUAGCAGAAUCUGUACCAUAUUGUGGUAAACUGAUGAAUCCUGAAGCAGUAGUUGGACAAGUGUAUCAAGCUCUAAUAGAUUUAGUUACUGUUCCUGAGAAUGAUUCCAAUAAGAAAGUUGAAGAUAUGGAUUUACAUCGUGUUGAAGCACUUUUGUAUACUUUUCACAAACUAGGAAAACAAUGUCCAGAUUUUUUGAGUAAAGAUCCUGAAAGACAGAAAGAUUUUAAGAAAAAGUUAUUGUAUGUUGGAACAUGUACUCAAACAUUUGUAAAAGUUGUCAGGCAAGACUUAAGAGAAAAGGGGGAAGAAGAUGUAAAAAAUGAUCCAAUUGUUGAAAAAAAAUUAGAAGGAUUGAAAUUAGCUUGUAACAUAAACACAUUAAUAAAAGAGCUAUUCAAUAUACCUCCUAGAUUUAAAGCAACUGUCAACCUAUCCUGGCUUGGUGGUGCGACUAAGUCCAAACUUGCCCAAAUCAUUCAGGAAGGUAAAAAACAUGAGCCUAUUACAGUAGAUGGAAAAUCUAAACGGAUCGAUGGCAGCAAUAAUAGCCAACAACUAUAUCAGCCUCCAAAGGAUAAAUUUAGUGCCAAAUUCUCAAAUAAUACAAAUAGUAACAAUCGUCGUGGUGGUAGUAGUACUGGCUGGAACACUAAAAGAUCAUUUGAUACAAGCAAUGGUAAUCGUCGUUCAUGGCGACCAUACUAA